AAAAAGCCUUACUGAUGAAGUUAACUUGGCCUAUCUAUUGCGAACAAAUAAUAUUAUCUAGUAAUUUCACAGCGGAUUCAAAUUGAAAUAUUCGUGGAAAUGGAAGCAGCCUUUGCAUAGUCACAUAGCAACGAAUAGAUAAGAAAAUUAAAGGCUGACUCAUUAUUAAAAAAAAUAAAAAACUGAAAUGAUUAUUUAUAAUUGAUCAGGACUCAGGAUUCGGUUCAUUUGUCAUUCCUAGUCAUUAUUAUUAUUAUUUUAGUAAGUCAAUUUUUCUAUAAUUUCCAUCGCCAUCAUUACUAUUACUAUUACGGUACUAUUACUAGUAUUACUUUUGUUAAUAACUUAAUUAGGGCACUGGGCAUUUAUAAUUUAGGGCCAAGUAUCAUUGACUUUAGACUACGACUAAUGAAAAUCAAUUUUAAAAUCACUUAUUUGUCAGAAUCAACAAAAAAGACAUCGUCAUCAACAACAAUGAACAUGCUACCAAGUUUUUCACAAUCUUCAGUCUUGUUAUUAUUGGGAUUAAUAACAGUGCUGAAUGAACUGAAUCCUUUGUUUGUGUGUGCUGAAGGUAAAUUAGUCACCAUUCAAAUAAUCAUAUUUUAUAAUGAAAUGUAUCAUAUAUUAUUAAAAAAUUUCAUAUUUAUGCUCAUUCGCACCUUCAAACUAAUCAUGGCAGUCAUGGACUCCUCUAACUCUAGCCUCUGGGACAAAAUGCUGAAGUCAACAGGCCUAAAUCUAAAAAAAAAUAAAAUUUCUCAUCACAUUUUAGACAUUUUCAUUUGUUGAUUUAGAUUGGAGACCAUUUUUAAAAUAGUUUUUCAGAUCCAAUUUUUAAAACUUUUCAUUUUUGGAUGAUUCGUACUCAUUGUAAUAACUUCAUUCUUCAUCAUUUUUUUUCAAAUUUACUAUACUGUUAAACUUCUCUAUUCCCAGGCACUAAUGAAAAUGUUACUGUUGAAUUUUCAACUGACAGCAUUGAUAUUGAAAUAGGAGAAACAGUAAAUGUUGAUUUGUCGUUAAGGUAAAUAUUCAUUUAUUAAUUUAGUUAUCGAUCAUAGAAAAUUGCUUAAGUAGUCUAAUUAGUAGUGUGAUAACAAAUAAAGGUGUUUUUUUCAUUUAUUAGUUUGAUGAAAUGAAAAUUUGCAUCAUUAAAAUGAAAUAGAAUUGAUGAUAUAGAUUUAUGAAAAUUAUUAUUUUGUUCAGCAUUUUAUAUUAAUAGUACAAAUUUAAUUUAACUAAAUUAUAUUUUGUCAACUUAAAUAACAUUUAGACCUGUGAAUAAACAUUCAAUUAUUGUCUGUGUUCAUUUUUAACCAUGCUAUUUUGGGAGAGUCCAGUAAUCCACAUUUUUAGCCAUUUUUCUAUUUUAUUGCAGCCAGAAGCUGUCUAAUAGUACAUUGUUCAUUUUCACAUAUGAGGAUAAGUAUAUUGACAGCCAUGAGUACAUAAAGCGUGUUCCCAACAUCAGUGUGCCAGCUGAUGACAAUACAACUCUAUGGCACAUCAACGUCACAGGAAACAAUGCUGGACACAUCAUUCUAGGAGUGAACUCCACAGAAAUUGAAAUAAAAAAGUAUGUUUUUAUUUAUACUGACCACAAUGUUUCUUAUAUGAUUAAUAUUUAGUGUUCUUAUUGCAUACAUACAAAUGUAAUGUAAUUGUUUGUCAAUUAAUUAAAAGAGGUUCACUACAAGAAUGGAAUUCAUUCAGUCACUAUGCCAGAAAUGGUGAUUUUAAGGCUACCUCCAAGGAAUGUCACUACUUUUUUUGGCUGUUUCUGUGGGAGCUGUCUGCAGGGUCAGGCUCUCUAAUGUGAAUCCAUGCCAUUUGAUCUGCACAAGGAUCUUUGGAUCUUCCUGUUUUGUUUUCUCAGGGUUGUCCAUUGAAGUUCUGUCCUUCAAAUUUAGCUUAGUGGUAUUUUACAAACAUGACCAAGUCAUCUUUAGCAAUACGCUUACAUGGUUUCUGAAUUAGUUUUCAGAAGAAAAGCAUAAAACGUUAUUAUUUUUAAAAUGUUAAUUUUUUUGUUCUUUUUUUUUUUGUAAAAAAAAAAUAAUUAUUGGGGGGGAAGCCUGUUAUGCCCAAGCAUUCAAUUAAUGUAUUUAGGUUUGUUUAUUAUGUGGCAAUUUGCUCCUUUGUUUUUAAUAAUAUUAUUGACCUAAUAACAAAUCAAAUUUUAUUUAUUUACCUGGAAAAAAAAAUAUUUUGUUUCAUUUGUCACUUCCACAUUUUAAAAAAUUGUUCAACAUAAAUUUGUUCCCAGCAUUGAAAAAGCUUUUGUUCGAAUUGAGGUUGUUCAUAACUCUGCACUGGUUAUUGUUAAUGCAGUGAUCGGGUGGAUUUACUUUGUUGCAUGGUCUGUGUCCUUUUAUCCACAAGUCUACAUCAAUUGGAAACGAAAGAGGUUAGUGAAAGGUUUUUGUUUUAUUUAGCUGUCAAAGUUUUAAAUUGAUCGUUAAAGAAAAGUAAAUUGCCAUGACUGGUUCUAUAAAUUCACUUCUGAGAAUGCACUUUUCCACUUGGGGCAUGGGGGUUUCUGAUUUAGUAGUAUUUUUCUUUAUUUAUUUGAUAUUUUAUAUAUGUCUCAGCUUAAGAGAUCCUCACAUGACAGGUAUUCUUUGCCAUGCCUAAAAUAUUUACAUAAUUUAUAUUUUCUAUCAUAAUGGCUUUGAUUUUAAGAGCUGUUGAAAAAUUACGAUUAUUUUAAAUAAUUCAAAGAUAACACUUUUCAUCAAGUGACGUCACAUGAUAAGUUCUUUCUAAUUAAAAAAAACAAAUAUUACAAUCUUUAGAAAGAUAACAAAAUUAGUUUUGGUGAAAAUUGAUAGACAGUAAGAUGUUAUAUAUCAGAUCUUAGGUUGCAGAAAAAAAAAAAAAAAAAAAAAAAAAAUAUUUGUUUUUUCCCCCCCCCCCCCCCCCCCAAUGCGUUAGCUGACUUAAAUAUAACUGUUAAAAUGUUUUUCUUUUUUCUUUCAGUGUGAUUGGCCUCAACUUUGACUUCCUCUGCUAUAACAUUACUGGCUUUUUGGCUUAUGGAUUUUUUAAUGUUGGCAUGUUUUGGGUUCAGACUGUCAAGGUAGGACUUUGAUAUAAUCUCAUAAACAAAAUUGCAUGGAAACAAGGGUUCUUUAAAAAUAAUUUGGGGGUACAAUGAUCAGAAUUAAUCAAAAUAUUAGUUUUUAUGUCGAAUGAAGUUUUAAUAUUGAAAGGUGCAACAACCAGCUGAUAGCUAAUUUGAAAAAAAAAAAAAAAAUUCCUGGAUAAAACUUAUUUUAAUUUGACUAUGUAAAUUCAUCCAUCCAGCCCUUCCGGGCACUACAACCCAUGUAGGGCUUUAGCCUGCCUCACCACACCCUUGCACUCAGACCUAACUGAUGCUUUUCUUUUCCAUGCUUGGAUGCCCAGCUGCUGUAAAUCCGUCUCCACAUCAUCCAUUUAUCUAAGCCUAGGUCUGGCUUUGAGCCGUUUUCCUCUGGUUCAUCCUGUGUUGGUCCGUAUAUUUUCCGGAGAACUUUUCUUUCCAUUUGUUUUAUAGGUUUUCUGCCGUUUUUCUCAGGGUGACAAGUUCACUUGGUUAUGUUACAACUGGUCUGAUUACACUUUAUAUAUAAUUUUCUUUGUAUUUUCUGACUACUAAAGUAGUUCAAGUUUCGAGCCAAUAGUCUUUCUUUUAUUUCUGUUAGUAAUUCAUUUCUUUAAUUUAAUAAAGAUCCUAGGUAUUUCAAUUAAUUUACUUUUUCAAAAGUGUGGUUUCUAAUUUUAAUGGCUUCAUUUGUCUCUUCUUCUCUUAUCUUAGUAAUGUAUUUUAUUUUUUGGUUAAAUUCCAGUUAAUACAGGGAUUUCUUGCCAGCUAUUUAUGAAAACACAAAGCAUUAGUAUGACAAAAACCGCGAAACAUUGUGGUGAUAUUUCUAUAGCCUUAAUAUCUGAUAUUUAGGUGACAAUUUGCUUUAUUAGAGCCACAAUAAUAAUUCAAGGGUCUAUUUUGCAUGAACUUUGCCCCCCCCCCCCCCCCUUUUCCCAAAUUUUCUCUUAUCAUACUACUUAAAAAAACAUUUUUAAGAAAUUUAAAUUUCUUUAAAAUUUAAAUAGUAAAAGCCAAAGUAUUCAUUAAAUGUUUUUUUAUUAAUAUUCACGAUGAUCUCAUUUUUAAAAAAAAAAAAAUAAAUAUUGAUACUUUCCCCCAUCAUUUUUUUGAUGUAUGUAGAAUGUAUGCGUGGACAAAUUUCAAAAUACCUAAAUAUUUCAGUUUCGGCUCAAACCCAAAAGUUAAAUUUCAGUUUAAUUUCGGCUUUGAACGAAACUUUCGGUUUAAUUUCGGUUUCAGGCGAAAGUCAUUUUUAAAUUUCUGCCUAGUUUUGGUUUUGGCCAAAAUCAGAAAAUCACUUUUGGUCGGUCUCUACCCUGAACCUUGAUUUGUUUUUUGAGCUGUUAAAUGUUAUAUGUAUCAGACUUGUCAGUUUGUAGGGUGAGCCAAACUCAUGCAGAGUCUCAUAUAGAUAUUUUCUUUUGAUGCUGUCUUGGGCCAUUUUAUAGUCGACCUAGAGUUGAUACACUGGGAUAUUACAUUUGUAACAUCUCUCUAAUAGGCAUCUGAUGAGUCGUUUUGUCUGAAUCCCCGUUGAUCAUCAUAGUCUUUUGGCAGUUAGGUUUGUCAGUAUUUUGUAUGUAACAUUUAACAAGGCAAUUCCUCUGUAGUUUGUACAUUGAAGUUUGGUACCUUUCUUGUGCAUUGGGGUUAGUUCUGUUUCCCAUUCUGUUGAAAGUUUCUCUUCUUGACUAAUUUUAGUUAUACGUUUAUGUGUCUGAGUGCGUAGUACUCUUCCUCCAUAUUUAAUUAGUGCUGGUGUGAUGAGGUCUUCUCCAGGGGCUUUGUGGUUUUUCAUUGAAUUGAUUGCUCCUGUAGUUUCUUACAAAGCUGAGUACUUUAUUAAAUGGUCUGGUCCUUCAUGUGGGAGUUGAUCAUUUUCAUCCUGUCCAUAUUCUGCAUUUAAUAUUCCCUCAUGAUAUUCAGCCCACCUGUCCAGUUCUUAAUUAUUUUCUGUAACUAACUCUCCAUCAUAGCUUUCACACAUUUGAGUUCUGGCUUGGGAUACAUUCUUUUUGUCUGUUAUCUCCAUAUAUCUUCCUCUAUUAUUUCCCUCACUUGAUAAGUUUUCUAUUUCUUUUAGUUUAGCUUUUACCCAUUCUCUUUUUUCCUUCCUAUACAUUUUUGUGGCUUAAACUUUCUUCUUGCUUCAUUGUAUAUUUAUAUUUAAUAUGUAAGAAGGUAUUAUAAAUGAAUUUUUCUAACUAAAAUUUUUUAAAAUUUAACUAUUCCUCUAAAUAGACUAUAAACCAGGGGUCUCAAACUCACGGCCCGUGGGCCAUUGUGGCCCGCACUACGACAUUUUGCGGCUCGCUACCUGACAGCAAAGUUUAGAUUUAAUGCGGCCCACGAGUUUUCCCCAUUCUCAUAUCCCAAGGCUGGGGUAUAUAAAACCACUUAAAAUAAUAAUAAUAAUAUCUAUAAUGUGACACUCGGCGACGGUUUCAGUCGAAUCUCACCAAAUGGUUUAAUUCUUAUUUUUAUUGUUUGUAUAGAUUUGGACAUUGAUUAUAAUGAUAAAAACAGUUUUAAAAUCGGACUAAAAGUUUUUAUUUUAUAGAAUGUUAUGAGACGAACAUGGCUAAAGUGUGGUUUUGAGAAAAGAUUAAAAAGUCACUAAGUGGGUAAUGCACAACCAUAAUUGUGUUAAAUCAUAGCAAUAUGACGCAGCAUCAAAGAAUUCCUAUACAAAUUGCCGCUAAUUUUUACGAGUGAGGGAAAUUUCGAGCCAGUCAGCUUGCUCACUUUCAAAAUAGGGUUAGUCAUAAAGGUCUUUUCUAUGAUAAAAAACCCAUUAAAAUUCAUCCUCCUUUGAAGAACAUCUUCCUUUGCAUCAAUAAUACAUCAAUAUUGCCUGCACCUGCCUUCUGUUUGAACACGUUUUAGCUGUGUUUGAACACGUUUUAGCCGUAAGAAUCUUCAUGGUGUAGGAUGGGGUGGCUGUUCCUGUACUAAGUGAUCCCAAAUGGCUCGUGGACUUGGCUUUUCUUUAUGACAUUACAAAGGAGCUGAAUGUACUCAGCAAGAAGUUACAUGACCAAACGCAGCUUGUCAGUAUUGCCUAUGACAAUGUCAGGGCAUUCUGCACAAAACUCAGAAAACCAUUUACCAACAUGCAAAGUACUCGUGGUCUCGGGCUCAGUAGUAAGUAUACUGAUGCCAUUGCAAAGCUGCAGGAAGAAUCACUGGUUUGAAGACUUAAAAAAACACAGAGCCAAUUUUCAUAUUUGUUCUGACCCUUUCUCCUUCAGUGUGAAAGAUGCAACGAUCCCCCCCUCCCCCCAAACUUUUUUUUGUUUUUGCGCUUUAUAUGGAGAUGAUUGGACUUAAGUGAGGUGAAUAGAAAAACGGACAAGCAUGAACAUUUGUGAGAGGAUUUCCCUCCAACUUCCCUUAGAUUUCCAGGUUCAUUGUCCUUUUUGGGAGUACCCAUCUGUUAUUUUCCACUAUGAACUUAAACAAGUCAAAGUUCAAGGCCAAACUAACUUAUGAACAUCUUCACCUAUACUGAAGGUCUCAGUUGCUUCCUCACUCAAGCCAAAUGUUGCUCAGCUGUGUAAAAAGAAGCGCUGCCAUGUCUCUGGCAACAAGGAGUUGGAGGAAGAAAGUGAAGUCUAGUUCUCGACAACCCUUAAUGUUUUUAUUUGUUAUUAAUAAAGUUUGAGCACAUUGUAAUGGUUGUACUCAAUUUAUAAUCGCUUUUUUUCUUGAAUACUUGAUGCGGCCCAGUCUCACUCAGACAUUACCUCCUGUGGGCCCCGGAUAAUUUCUGUUUGAGACCCCUGCUCUAAACAGAGCUUUUUGGCUUCAUCAGAACAAAGCCACAAAAAUUAUUGCUGCAUCUAAAAUUUUAAGAAAGUUAAUGUAACACAAUAUUUCAAAUAAUCAUAUUUAUUUCACUGUAUUACAAAUAAUAGAUGUAUGAAACCUGCUAUAUUUUACCAAAUUUUCUCUUCUUUUUCAACAUCGUAAUCUUUUAAUAGCAUGUAAUUCUGUCAAACCUUCAUUUGUAUGAUAAAAUCAGGUUCAGAUCAUGGCUAAUUUUUGAGCUGCAGUUAUCCUCAAAAGAAUUCUGAAAGAUUACUUGUAGAAUUCUAAAGUAAUUUUUUUUUUUACUAGUACUGCUAAUCCAAUUUUAUUUAUAUUUUUUACAGGACCAAUAUUUUAAUUUACAUCCCAGGGGAAUUAAUCCAGUUCAAUUGAAUGAUGUCAUCUUUACCCUCCAUGCUGUGUUGGUCACCAUUUUAACCAUUUGUCAAUGCUUCUUUUACGAGGUGAGUGGUAAUUUGACAACCAGUUGUAAUUACACUACUGGAUUUUGUUAAUUAUUUGAAGAAAAAAAAUAAAAGCAUUUAAUUUUUCAUUUCAGAAUGAAAUUAGAAAUGAAAAGAGAAAAUCAUAGGGACUCUUGUAUAUACCAUCUGUGUGAAAUUUUAAAAUGUCUGCAGAUAUACCGGGUAUUCCUAAAAGUAUUUGAAAGUUUAUGAACAAAAUAGAAAAUUGUUGAAAAAUGUAUGGUAUUGUAAAUAGGCAGUUGUUGGCAUUUGAUAUAUUUGAUGAUUUAGAAUUUCUCAUCAAUCAAUACACUUUAAAGGAAAAACCUUUAUAGUAUUAUGUCGCUACCAUGUCAACUGACUUUUUUUUUCAAAUUUUACCCAGAGAGGAGACCAGCGGGUUUCAAAGAUUUGUAUCGUGCUGGUGGUCGGUGCCUGGCUGUUUGCUUUGGUCUCACUGAUAGUCACCUUAACCCACGUCAUCACCUGGCUGACCUACCUGUACUACUUCUCAUACAUCAAAUUGGGUGUCACACUUAUCAAAUACAUACCGCAGGUAAGUGCAGGUGUAAGGAACAAUUGCUUGGAUGUGUUUUAACCAGAUUGUUAAACAGUAAUUCAAAUACAGGAACCUGAAUUCUCAAAUGAAAACGUCCAAUAUUGCUGAAUAAAUAUAGUGUAAUUAUCAUACUGUGGGCUUAUAAAUAAAUAACUACCGGGUACAGUGGAUUUUUUUUUUUGUUAUUUUUUUUUUUUGGAGUUUUAAGUUUAUUUAGUCACAGUAGUUAACAAAUAUUUGUAUAAUGAAUAUAUAUUUCCCAUACAAUUUUGUAAAGAAUUUCCUGCCAUUUUAAAUUCUUCUUUUAAAUUACCGUUACAGUCAUGCUUUCUCAUUAGGUGCUUUAUAUUCUUUUCUAGGCUUACAUGAAUUUCCGUCGUAAGAGUACAGAGGGUUGGAGUAUUGGGAACGUGUUGUUAGAUUUUACUGGUGGAUCUCUCAGCCUUCUGCAAAUGUUCUUGCUGGCUUAUAACAGCGGUAGGUAACUCAAUAGAAUUUUUAGGAGAUCUUUUUAUUAUAGGUCUCUUUAGUGCAUAGCUUUCAAACCUGAAUGUUGCGACAAAUUAUUGUGUCGGCUGCAGUAUUUAAGUGUGUCUCGUGAACUUAAUUAUAAACUGUUGAGUCUACAUGAAAUAAACUAUUUCAACAACGUGCAUUCAUUUUUUUUACAUUCAUACUUUGAUUUGCCUAUUGUUACUCAUAAAUGGUAAUGGGCACAUCAGUCUUGACAACUUAGGUUUUAAUCUGACGUAACAUAUUUUUUAAUACAAAUGAAAGGUUCUCAUGAGAUGUGUCAUGUUUCUAUCGAGUGCAUCUGUCAUUAUAAUAAAUAUAUGGGACCAAAUAUGUUGCGAAACAAUGUACCGUUAUGUCUAAAAAAAAUGUGUCACAAAAAUGGAAAAGUCUGGAAAGCUCUGCUAUACAGUCAAUUUGGAAAUCCUUUUGAUGAAUUAAAAUUUUUAGUUUACUCCGGAGAUAUGCCUACUAAUAAUUAUUUUCAUCACUUAGACAAUUCAACAAAUAUUUUUGGAUCUUAACUUUAAAACUUUCAAAUGCAUACAAAUAAAUGUGAGCGUUGCACUACAAAGCGCAAUUUUGCACUUGCUCCCUUGUUUAGCUACUAUUACAGCAGCCAGCUAUUUGUUGUAGUCGGAGGAUGAAAAGUAGAGCCCACACACUUCUGUGUUCUUGUUUAUUUUAUUGUUUCAUCCAAAAUAUCAGUAAUCCUAUUGGUAGGGCUCAUGUUUUUUCUCUUUGGAGACUUUGUUUAAAAAUAAGUGUAAUAAAUUUAUGAAAUGGUAAAAUAUUGAUUAUUUUAGUAAUGAUAGGGACUUUGGCAAUUUGUUAAUAUUUAAUUUUCAUUUCCAGAUAAUUUUUUAGUCAUUAUCUCAGUGCCGUUAAAAGUGUUAUGCAUUUUGAAAAAUCUCAUUAUGCAUAUUACUUGUUUAAAAUGUCUGGAGUAUAGUUUCUUUUCCCUAAUGUACAAUUUUUAAAGCUUUUAAUAUAUUUUUUAACAUUUAUUAUUUUUUAAAUUCAAUUUUUAUUAUUUAAAAAAAAAGUUUUUAUCUGUAUUUUUGCCCCUUUCAAAUUAUUUUUAGUCUUUCUAAAUUUUUGUUUCCAUUUUUCUUUUUUUUUCUGCCAGAUGAUUGGGGCUCAAUUUUUGGCGACCCAACCAAAUUUGGCCUUGGAGUUUUCUCCAUCUUGUUUGAUAUUCUGUUUAUUGUUCAACAUUAUUGCUUGUACAAAGGAAAAGAUUCAUACGAAAGACUUGGGGAAAAUCUUGAGUAUCGUGUCAACUACAGUGAACUGGGCAGCCAGAGACUUUAGAAUUUUGGCUAGUUUAAAUUUAAAAUUGUCAAAUUAACUCUAAGUUUAAUUACAAUAAUAUUUAUUAACCCAUUUUUGUGAUUUCAACAUUUUUUAACAGUUUAAAAGUAUUAUUGUUUGCUUAAUUGUGAGAUGCUAUUUUUCUAUCCCCUAGAUGACUGGGGUUCUAUAUUCGGUGACCCUACCAAGUUUGGCCUUGGAGCUUUCUCCAUCAUGUUUGAUAUUCUCUUUAUUGUUCAACAUUAUUGCUUGUACAGAAGAGCUCAGUCAUAUGAACGCAUUUUGGACAGCAAAACCCCAUCUUCCCCAUACCUGUCCUACGGCUCUGCUGGUCAGCCAACUGUCAAUGAUGACCAAGCCAGUCAGUAUAUUUAUUAGCUCUUGGCAAUGCAGUGCCUCAUAAUUUUUGUUCUUAUUUUAUUUUGUGGCAUUCUGAAGUCAGUUCCCCAUCUUUUGGCAACAGUGUUUUUAAUAACUAUAAGAAGUCAAAGAAAUAAGUUUGUAAAUUUAAAGGAAAACUAUUGUAACAAACAAGCCUGUGUUUUUUUAAACAUUUGUUCUCUAAGAGGCAACCUUUUUAUCUGUAAAAAUAAAAACCACUUUAUUUUAAAUACCUACUGCCAUGAAUUUUAAUACAGUUUUUCCCUU